AUAUUCUAUGGAACUUUAUGCAUGUUAUUCAUUUAUUGAAUUCUAUUUGUGUGUUGAGCAUUGAAAUAAAUGCUCUACCAAGAUUUGGUUACGUGCAAGUUUUUAUUUUCUAAAAUUUCAUUAAAUUUUUUAUGCUUUAAAUUAACAUCAAAAUCUUAUUAUUUCAAACCAAAAGAGAUUUUAAUGAACAAAUUAAUUGAAAUCAAUGACAAAAGUGAGCCACAGGCUGUAACAUUAGCUGUCAAAUUAAUAAAUGACGGAUGUGUAAUAGCGUUACCAACAGACACUGUUUAUGGGCUUGCAUCAGAUGUACAAAACUCUUUAGCAAUUAAAAAGCUCUAUAAUAUUAAAGGUCGUAAUCCUACUAAACCUAUUUCUAUCUGUACUCACAAUGUGAAUGAUAUUGGCAAGUGGGGUAAAAUAAAUCAUCUGCCUUAUGGUCUCUUAGAUGCAUUACUUCCUGGACCAGUGACUGUCGUUUUAGAAAGAACUUCUGUGCUAAAUAUUGCACUUAAUCCAGGUGAAUCAAAAGUUGCUAUUCGAGUACCAGAUAGUGGUUUUAUAUGUAGUAUUGUAAGCUGUCUAAAAAAUCCUAUUGCACUCACUAGUGCUAAUAAAAGUAACACAUCUAGUACAUUAAAACCUGAAGAAUUUUCAACUUUGUGGCCUAAGUUAGAUGCUAUUUUUGAUGGUGGUUUAAUUGGUAAUUCCAUAUCAUUACGUCAAGGUUCUACUAUAGUUGAUUUAUCAAAAUCUAACUACUAUAGUAUAUUGAGAACUGGUUCUGCUCUUUUACCUACUAUUCACAUAUUACGUCAGUUUGGUUUAAUAGAAUUAUAA